AUGAACAUAUCUGAAUGUGAAUGGUUUAAUGAAUGUUUUUUUCAGGAUAUCAACUUUGACUCGGAAUUCUUCGAACACAUCUUAACUUUGGAACAGUUAAAUGACUAUUCACCCUUAUCCAGGAUAUGCGCCGAAGAUCCUUUAAAGAGCAAAGGCCUCACGAAGGAAGAAGCUAUUUCUCGUUCAAUCACAAAUGGUCGAAACAUAAUUAGCCCAGUUUCACGACAAGAUUCUCUCAAAAAAUUUUUUAAACAGUGUUUAAAUACAUUUCGAAUGUUUCUUCUAAUAGCUGCUGUAGCUUGUUUCAUUAUCUAUGGUUUGGAUCCAAAGAGAACUCUCGAAUUAGGCUUAGCUGUUUUUUUACUAAUUGUUUACAUUACGCUUUCAAUUGUUAGCUACUGGCAAGAGAACAAAGCUUUCAAGCAAGUACGUGGAUUUCAAUCAAUGAUUCCAACAACAUGUGUUGUUAUUCGAUCAAAUGAACGCAUGCAAAUUAAUGCUGCGCAAAUUGUAUUCGGCGAUGUUGUAUGUCUUAGUCCUGGAACACGAGUACCAGCUGAUCUACGAUUGAUCUAUACGAAUGAACUAAAACUAGACACAUCUUGGGUAACUGGUGAAGUUGAACCACUUGAAUUCCACAGUAAAGAGGUGAAAAAAGGAGUUAGCGUAUUAGAUGCGCAAAACAUAGCGUUGAAUGGAUGUCAGUGCGUUCAUGGAAAUGGCAUAGGGAUCGUUAUAAGAACCGGAAAUCAGUCGAUAAUGGGAAAACUAACAACAACAAUGAGUCAAGAUAAAGGCCGACCAACAAAACUUGAUCUAGAUCAUCGCAGUUUUGUUCGAUUCAUAAAUCUACUUGCUAUUAUUAUGGGUGUUACUACGUUUUUGUUUGGAUUAACCGUCAAUAGAUUCCAGCAUAUCAUUCGUACAUUUGUGAAUGGAUUUCUCGUAAUUGUUGUCGCUAAUGUCCCACAAGGAUUAUCGAUCACUCUAGGUGCAGCUUUAAUUAUAAUUGCGAGACGGCUCUCUAAAAUGAAUUUAUAUAUGAAACAACUAGAUGUAGCAGAUACACUAGGCACAAUCACUGUCCUUAUGUGCGAUAAAACGGGUAUUUUUACUUCAAACGAUAAGACAGUCACUGAUUUGUGGUUUAAUUUGGAGUUUCAUAAAGGUAAUAAAUUAAUAUUUUUGUUUCGUUUUCAAUGUGCAUAUACUAUGGAAAAAAUGCGAAUAACUGGAAUAUUUGCAUCCGAGAAAUGGAAGGAACCAUACGAUGUUUUGCCUACUUCGGGCGCUGCUAAUGACCAACUGUCCAUUUUACUCACAGUUAUGAGUGUUUGCAAUAAAGCGCAAAUAGAAUCGAUUGGUUCGGGAAGUUUGGCUCAGUGGAGCCAAUUAUCUCAACGUUUCCUCGAUCCAGUUAAAAUUAAACCAACUGAGGAAAAUGUUGGAAGUGGCGGUGGUGAUUUCUUCACUAUUCAUCGAGGUCAGAUGCUUGAUUUACGAGCUGCUCUACAAUACAAGCAUAUUACCGGCAAUCCAAGUGAAUCGGCAUUGCUUAAAUUUGCAGAAUCGAUUACAUCAGUGCAACAAAUUCGAAAAAAAUACGACAUCUUGAUGGAAAUACCGUUCACGGGUCAAAGACGAUUUCAAGCUGUAGUUGCAAGGAUGAAAAGUGAUUCAGUUCUUGAAGACGAGGAAAAGUAUAAUUUACUUUAUAUUUUCGUGAAAGGAGCGCCAGAAGAAUUAAUACUUCAGUGUUCGCGAAUCGCGGUUUCUGGAGGGGAUGAAGCCUAUGAUAAAUUUGCUAAUGAAGGUCAUAGCUGCAUCGCUUUCGCAUUUUCCGAGCUUGAUUCUGUGAAAUGUGAUAAUUUCGACAUGAAAUGGGAAACUCUGCAUGACUUUGAUUUGUGUUUUCUUGGAAUGGCAGCUAAACUAGAAGCACUAAGAGAUAAUAUCGCUAAAUCUCUUUUUAAUAUAAAAAGUGCAGGUAUAAAAUGUUUUAUGGUAACUGGUGAUCAUCCUGCAACUGCUGCGACAGUUGCCAAACAAUUCGGUUUAAUAAAAACAACUGAGAACGGAGUAGACAAACAAUCUGAUUUAAAAAAUUCAGUGAUACAUGGUGAAAUAUUAAGUAAACUGACACCACAAGAAUGGGACACAAUUUUAAUGCAGCAGUCGGUGGUUUUCGCACGUACGACUCCAGAACAAAAACUCGUAAUAGUUAAGGAAUGUCAACGUCGCGGUGAGGUUGUAGCUGUAACUGGCGAUGGGAUCAAAGAUGCGCCAGCCCUCAAGAAAGCUGAUGUCGGCAUUGCAAUCGAUGCUAUUGGCAGUGUUUUUGCUAAAGAAGCAUCUGAUAUGAUACUUAUCCAUAGUGAUAUUAAAACAAUUGAAAAGGGUAUCGAAGAAGGUCGUCUUUUGUAUGGAAAUCUAAAGAAGACAAUUGCUUAUACAUUGGCUCAUCUUCUCCCAGAGUUAUAUGCAAUACUUUCUAUCGAUCUUGUGACUGAAAUACCACCAUCUAUUGCUAUGACCUAUGAACCCGCUGAAAGGGAUAUUAUGAAGAUAAAACCAAGAAAAGCCACAUCUAAACUUGUUUCCAAUUCAUUGCUUGUUUAUUCAUAUUUGAUUGCGGGGAAUAUAAUUGCUGUUGGUUGCGUACUUGCUUAUCUUUCAGUGUUUUGGCGAUAUGACAUACCGAUACGUGACUUGCUUUUCUCUAAUGAUAAUCACUGGCAUCCUGAUGCGUUAAAUCUUACAACAAGCAAUGGUCUUCUUUUCACAGCAUCCAUGCAGGUCACUAUUUAUCAACAAGCGACAGCAGCAUGGCAUAUUACAUUAGUUAUGUCCCAGGUGCUUCAUUUUUGGACUUGCACAACACGGCGAACUUCUAUUUUUCGGCAUGGAUUUAAUAAUCUUAACGCAAUUUUUGCAGUCGCCAUCGAAAUCCUUUUACUUAUUAUUUUCAUCUAUACACCAGCCAUUCAGCAAUGGUUGAAUGUUGCACAUCCGCCUGCAUUUUUAUGGCUAUUUGCACCUGCAGUCGGAAUAGCCCUAUUUGUCUAUAAUGAAGUAAUGAAUUCAUGGAUUUCCUUGAAUGGAGUUAAAGGUGAGUCUUCAGCAUUAUCAUCGAAAACGUGGACCCAUUACCGAACCAUAUUCUUCUAA